UAAUAAUUCCUGUAAACUCCAUUUAUGUUUAAAUCGUCAUCUAUUAUUUUACGCACCUAUUCCAAACAACCAUCUAGAAUUUAACAAUGAUGCGGAGCUUUGUGGUUUGUAUAGCUAUAGCUACUUUUUCUUGUCUCGAUUGCAAAAACAUAAAUGUUACCCAUAAUUCUGGGGGUCAAUAUGGUGUCAUCGAAAAAAUUCUUUUACCACAGAAUGAAACAACAGCUAUUCUCGAGACAGGAAAUCCAGAAAUUACCGAUGAUCGAAAAAUUAUUACACCACAGAAUAAAACAACGGAAUUUCAAAAAAAUAUCACGUCCACCACCGUCCAGCAAAAUGAACCUGUGAUCGUUUUAAGUACUGAUCGAAAACCUAAGACUCGUCAAGUGCCUGUAGAAGUUCUAGUGACAGCUAGUUCCAACGUGAUGGAUAAUAAUAUGAAUGACGACCAAUCAUACUACCAAAGUCCUUUAAUGGUUUAUCCGUUUCCUAUGAUGAAUACAUAUUAUCCCAGAUACUUUCCGUACACAUACCCAGGAUACCAGGGCUAUCCUUUCUUUGGAUAGUGAUAAUAAUAUAAUGGUGUAUAUUAAAAAUAAAUAAAUAAUAAUAAUUUUGAAAUUGUUAAUCAUUAUUUAUUAUGUAAUGUUUAUUUUUGUACUAACCGU